AGGUGUUCUCAAUAUGGCCGCCCGCUGUUGAGAGGCAGUAGCGGUGGGCUCCCGCGGGUCAUCGCGGUGUGUUGUGCACCGCCGAAGGAAAGCCUACGAAAGCCGUCGCCAGCCAUGCCCGUGAGGGCGACCGAGAUCAUGCCACCUUUGCCGGCCAACUCGCAGCAGCCCGGCGUCACGCGGUCGCUGCUCUACAACGGAUCCCGAUUCCAGGGACAGCAGAAAAGCAAAGGCAACAGUUACGACGUCGAAGUGGUGCUUCAGCACGUGGACGAAGCGAACUCCUACCUCUGCGGCUACCUAAAGAUCAAGGGCCUGACCGAGGAGUACCCGACACUCACGACGUUCUUCGAUGGCGAGAUCAUCAGCGAGAAGUACCCAUUCCUCACACGCAAAUGGGAUGCUGACGAGGAGGUCGACAAGAAACACUGGAGCAAGUUCGGGGCGUUUGAGGGCUACACCAAGACGUUCAACUGCGACAACUUCAAUUAUACGGAGCUAAAGGCGACGGAAAACGUUUUCAUGAGGUGGAAGGAGCACUUUCUCGUUCCCGACCACACGAUUAAGGACAUCAACGGGGCGUCCUUUGCGGGCUUCUACUACAUAUGCUUCCAGAAGAAGUCGUCCACCAUCGAAGGCUACUACUACCACCGAAGCUCCGAAUGGUACCAGUCACUAACAUUACGGCAUGUGCCAGAGCACAGCAUUCAGAUAUACGAGUUUCGGUGAGGGCACCGCCACUUGUUUCAAUAUACGGCACUGCCGGUGGCGACGUCCGUUUCCCGUCAUCACACCUGUCCUCUGCGUCUUGCGACGCCGCGGUCACUGAAGGGGCCGGCCUGCGCCGGCACCGAGCUGUCAUCGACCACGUCCAUAAAAUUACGCUCUCCGUCACAAGUGGUCCGUCGCUGCGUGUCUUGUGUGUGUCCGUGCCAUCGUCAUCACCGGGCAGAGCCCUUACAAGACGCCGUCGUUCACCACGAUUGCGUGCCUCCGUCUCGAAAGAAAAGUAAACUGCGUGUGUGUGUUGCUCUACGAACUUGAGUGAGUGCUCGAAAGGGGGAGACGGCAUUCCUUCCUUCUAGUCUCCGUCGCCGUCGGCUCCACCAGACUGUAAGGGUUGCACCAGAAACAUUUUUAAAAUUUUUUUCUGUUCAGCUGGUUGUGUCUGGUGUCUUCCCAAUAAAAGGGCCAAUGACGAUGCCUUACCACAGUCUUUGCUCCAGAGUAUGCCGCGACUUAAAAUUAGCGUGGUUAACAAGCAAAACAUUUUUUAAUCGUUAAUAUUUUAAGGGAGGAAAAAAAUUUUAUGGUGCUUGAUAACUCGCCAGUGACAAUAUUUGCACCGUGCUAUAGGUAGCAUAAUAUGACGAGAUUGUUUCUAAAUAAACUAAUUCAUUUAGUUUUUACGUGCUUUGCUUGCUUGCACUUAUAUAUAUAUAUAUUUUUUAAUAGUGUGAGUUUAUCUCGGCAUGUACCAUUUUACCAAAAAAAACUCGACAUAUUGCCGGUUUCAGUAUGCAGAGGAGCGAUACGUGCAUUAAAUUACUUUUAAAAUGAACUGUGUUGUGAGCAAAGUGUUUAUAGGUGGUAGAAAGACCCCCAAGAUUUUUUUUUUUCAUAAUGGGCUGCAUACAUUGCAGUCGGCUGUGUUUCUGACGAAUACCCGUGCAGUGCGUAGCUGCCGGCUUGAAGCUACAGUAGCGUCAAUGCCCAAAUGAGUACCACAUUGUGCCUCUUUUGAUUCUCUCUUCUUACUUUUGAAGUCUUAACAUUUUACUGCAGUUGAAACAACCCAACACCGAGAAACUAGAAAGUUUGAGAGUUGCAGUACAAUGACAAGUUUUCUGUGUGGAAGAAUUAAAAAUAAUGUUUGAAGUUCUGAAGUGGCUUUCUCGUGCAACCUUCUGCCCAUCCCACACACUAUCUGUACUGUCUGUAAAUCAGCAUUGUCCAUAAAUUUGUAAUAUUUGUCUCGCAUACCCCUUGCAUAAUUAUGUCAUGACUGUUUCAUUGUUUAAAAAUGGGCACUCAGCGAGAAUGGCAAAUUAGCACAGCUUCUCUCAUCUUCGUCUUUUUCUUGGUUUCAACUUAUAACACUGAAGCGAAAUCGUGCAGCCAAGAUAGCCUACAGGGUCAAUUCCCGUGAACAUUCAAAAUAUUAACAGCAAACAUAGCUUGGAAAGCAUUCUACACCAAUUUUGAAGGUUGAAUUGUGAAAAUAUUGACAGCAUCUAAAGGGACCAUAAGGGGACCCCCAUGCUUCCCUCGUGUCACCCCGCUGCAGUCAAUAAAACAGGUUAUAAUGACGUGAUAGUAGCCUUUUUUUUUUUUUUUUUGCCAUGUUCGUUCCCAGCAGUCUGUACUUCUCGGUGGUUGGUCUCCAGCGCAUGCGUUUAUGUGUUUGGAGACAGCGCAGUCCCGUUUCCCACUCGAAAGGAACACUCGAUGCGGACCGUGUGGAAGUGCGUCAUUGUUCUGUGUGCACACUUGUGGAGAGCUGCCCACGCGAGGUGGCGAUAGUUGCAUCCAGCGGCUUGUCGUUCUUGAAGCUCUCGAACCGCAACUGGUCAAUAAUGAGGAGCCUGUAAUUAAUUAUCUGUUGGAUGCUGCAGGAAACUAUGUGCCAUGUCACGACUAAUGAGCCCCCGGCAAGACAUUGCAGUAGAAAAAUGUGAAGGCAAUCUUCGUGUGUCAGUAACCCCUUUAAGAAAAAAUGCCAGCUCUGCCCAAGGCCUUCUCUGUCCCUCCCUUCGAUAAUUAGCAACAAUGCUCCAUGUUUCAGAUAGUUGGAUCUAUACAUACAGACACGCGAGAUCAAGCGGUAAAAGCUUGUUCUAGGCCGGAAACUUGAAGUUCAUCAAUUUUUUUCGGGGAUUAUGACAUCCCUGCUUGCCAAAUUUAAUGUACUGGGUAGUAAUGACAAAAUUUUCUCCUAAUAUGCAUAGUAUUUAAAUUAACCGAAAAAAAAACUGCUUGCAGUUUGAGCGAGAACGAGCUAGCACAGAUAUUUCCCGCAGGUGUUGGACAGGUGUGCCACUCUUUUGUAGGUGUAGCUUACAUUAAUCUUGGGUUACAACUCUGUCAUUAUGCGCGUAUGACGUAAAAUUUUCGAUCCUCCAUGUCAGUUUAAGAUGUUGUUUUAGAGUGGGCGUUUGCUGCCACAAAAUUCAAUGAAGCUCUCUUUGUGUUCUUCAUUGCGGGUACAACGCAAUCAUAUGGUUCAGAUAUUUUCACAUCCUGUAAGCAUGGUUGUGUAGCCCAGCGGUUAAAAAGCUUGCUUUUAAUGCAUAGGCUCCCUGGUUCAAACCCAGCCCCGCCGAAGGAAACUUAUUUUGUUCGUAUAUUACACAAGGUAUGGACAGUACUGUCAUUGCGUCAGCAUAAAAAUGCUUAAGAGUUUAGCAUAUAAGCUUUGUCCACAGCCAUUACCCUGGCACGCGAAAAGAAAAUUUGCCUAGGUGUACCAUCAAUAACAUAAGCUCAUUUUCGUGACAUUAAGUGGUUUUGCAAGAUAGUGGUCUAAUUUCGCCAUACAGGCAGACAUUCAUGUCACUGGUUUCAAUAUGGAAAACUUCAACACCCAAGCAAAUUUUAUCAGACACUCUAACAUCAGUCAGUACUCAGCCGAAAAUACCAUUUUAGUCGGGAAAGACUAGCUUUCAUCUUUUAUAUGCCUAGUAUUGGCAGCACUUGCACUUUAAGUGAAAACCAGUUAGUACAACUCUUGCAAAAAGCUAAGGACAUGCCCACCGUUGUUUCGGAGUUGUAGCUCAUUCUUGUGUUGUAAGCGACCAUAGCUCACUGCGUGUGCCACUGUUUAUCAGCGCAGCCUGCACAUUAGCGAUCCAACCAUUCAAAACGGCCGAAGAAAAGCUACCGCAUAAAAGUGUGUCUUCAGCCUAGCAAUCCUGUGUCUGAAUAUGUACACUCAGCAUGCGAAAGAAAUCGGCCGUUUUCCUAUAGUUGCAACGUCCAGUUUCAAUCUCGCCUUUUUAAAUUGCGCACGCAUUUGUGGAAUUUUCCGUUUUUAUAACACGUCGUUCUCCUCGAGCAUUUGAGCGGUUGUUCCUGUUGCUCCAGAAGUUCUGCUUUCAAGCCCUGGGUGGUGGAAUAGAAGGCUCCCAGUUCCUUUUUGAUGAGAACAUGAUGCGGGAACAUUUAUGUGAGCACUCAUGAAGCGAAGAUUUGAGGCGUUAACUACUUUUUUACAAUGUCGCUGUGUUAGGUCAAGGGUGGAAUCCCGGCUGUAUUGGACGCAUUUCUAUGAAAGGCAAUGUGCUAGAGGCUCAUGUGCUUAGAUUUAGGUGCACGUUGAUCUAUAUUUCCGGAGCUUUUCACCACUACGGCAUCCCCCGUAAUCAUAUUGUGGUUUUUGGACAACAACUAUUAUGGUGUCGCUGUGUUGAGAAGCACGAUACAAACGACAGGCAAUAAUGCGGAUUUUGACACCAUAUAAUGCAUAGUUGGCUUCUUAUAGUAGCUGAAGGUGGACUGCGUAGUGUUUCCUUGAAGUCAAAUAUGCAGUCCACCGCUGAUUAAAUGAAUUCCAGUUUUGUAUAGAGGAGGGGGCAAUCACCAAAGCUCAAUGUCAUUUUCUUUGCCGUUAGCGGUCAUGACUGGGAAAAACAAAUCGUCUUCACAUUAGCGGUUCAAAUUCAUUGAGAGCACUUCACGAUCUCCCAAGCCAAACACUCUGGUUGUAAUGCGUCAGUAAAUCACUUGCACAUUUGACACAAGAGUAAAGUUAGAGCCAUUACAAAAAUCAAUCUGUUAAAUAACUUGUGUACAUUGGCUAAGUAUUACUUCAAAGCCAAGUGCCCUUGCGUGGGGUAAAUAAAACUUUAUUAUCAAGAGAGAAAAAUUAAGGCCGCUCUUAUUUUUCAUGUUUCACCUUCAAGCCAAAUGGUCACUGACACUAUAAUGGAAUCGUAGAGUUGUGGGCCUUAAAACAUUUGUGAGGUUAUCAUAUGGGAAAGGAAAAAAAUGCAAUGUUUGGAAUGCUGUUUGUGAAAUAUCCAAUCAUAGUGCACUUUGAGAAUAUUUAGGAGCUACAAAGAAGGUACACUUUGAGAAGCUACAAAGAAAUAGAAGUAGCGAUUGCUUAGUACAGUGUAGUGAAACAAGAAAUGCUAAAGUAGCAACAGAGAAGGCUGCCACGAAAGAGCCACGAUUAGCAGUAGAAGCACUUUCAUUAGGCAGGCUUUGAAUUUAAGUGCAUCUUGCAUGUUUGCAAGAAAAGGUUGUAUUACAUAAAGGAUUGAGUAACGAUGAAAACAAACACACACACACUACUUCAUUUUACUACAGCCAGUUUUCUGACCUUAAAUUGCCGUCUUGUAUCUAUUUUUUUAUCAACAGGUUGCAAUUACAGCGGCAAUAAUUGCUUGCCUUAUGCAUGACCUGAAUUACUUUAUAGAUUAACUAUAAUGAAAACUAACAGACAAUCGAGCCAGGAAAAUUACUUUCCCUGGUUUGAUUAUCUAUUAGUUCUCUUAACAUGGUACAUAAAAAGAAAAACGAGCUUUCGAAUUCUCCUUUUUGCUCAUAAACUAACGGCAUAAUGUGGUACCUCAAUGCCGUUUCAAAGAGAAAAAAGUAAUGUAUGCUGUCCUUCAAGACGCUCGAUUUUUCUUUUUACUUAUAAAUGCUCCCAUUGCACUCUUUUGUGACUGAUUGUGUGCUUACUCUGGAGGUUGAUGUCCUUUUAAAGUUGGUGUAAGAUGACACCUGCGCGAGAUUUUUUUUCUUUGCUUUUACUAUAACAUGAGGGGUACCGGACGCAUCUGUAAUGACGCGCACACUUGUCAUCCCUUAAGUUACUCUGAGAGGGUAUUUUACGAGCCGUCGGCCAGAGGUUAUCGUACACAGCAAAGAGCGGAUUUCGAAGCAGCCCUUCUUCGUACUUUCGGCCCCUUUGUCAGUGGCACGUCUCUUGGCCCUGCGACCACUCUUAUCACCAGGAUAAACUGUCUUGCUCGCAUGGCAGAGCUUGAGAACCAAAUCAAAGGAGUAAAAAAAAAGGUGGCUGCAAAGAAAAAAAGAAGACGGCUUUGGCUGAUAAAGAGGAACUGACGUAAAGUCGCUGCGUUUGUCUCCCGUUGUUUGCGCCUCUUCUAAUUAUGUGCACUCACGACACAUUGCAUAACUCUCGGAAGCCCUUCAAGCUGUGCAGCAGUGAAAACGCCCUGUGUUGAUGCCUAAAAAAUAGGGUGAGAGGGCUUUUAAACACCUUUUGCGGUGUAAAAAUAUUGCAGCACCAUUUGAAUCGUCUCAUAAAGCACUGUUUUCGGUGUAGUUUAGACACCUGGGAAUAAAUAAUCAAAAUUGAACAAGUUCGGAAACUUCAAUAUUUGAUUGUCCAGUCGCAGUUUCUCUUGAAAACGCAAAAAAAAAAAAUGCCUCGGGGAAACUCAGCACCAGUCAAGGGUAGCAUGAGGAAAACCGGUAAGCACCAGAUUUCAACCAUAGCGGUUCCCCGCAUACAAAACUUGGUUUUGAAAUUGCGUAUCGAAGCUUGCUCCUGCCCAAUCAAACUGUGUAACAUCGGCAGAACAAGAAAUCUCUUGCACUAAUAGACUCGGGAAGCGUAACUUUCGUCGGGCCUCAAAAUUACUGUCCAGCCACUCUUUCGUUCAAAUCAUUUGACAGCCUACGCUUCCUCUUGAGGAUGGAAGUGCUGCGAAAGACUUAUCGGCAAAAACAUGGCAGGAUCGGUUCUAUUUGCACAAGUGCCGAUAGCGUGUGUGGGGUCACCUUUAUAGAAAUGUACACCUAUUGAAGGGGUUGAGAGUUUGGGUACCACGAGUGCUUUCGCAAAUAAGGUGCUUCCCAACAAAGCCACAGCUGUCACUGUUGCUAGGAGCUACAUCUACAAGCAUAUAUAAACACCAUUUCAUUUUUCAUUCACUUCACAACACCGUCUGCAUUUUGUAAUAGGUCCAUAGGAUAGGUUCGUUGCGACAGGGACGUUUAGAUGCAAUUUUGUGAUAACCGAGUUUUCUGGGGCAACGGCAAGAACUGCAGUGCAGCGACACUAAUGACAGUCAUCUUUUUUGUGUGUGUCUUAUAAAAAUGCGUCCACAUUUUUUCAGUCUCACGGGUUUUUUGAAGGUUUUUAAAUACAUGCUCGUCUACUUGCCAAGACCUUUGAGUCAACACAAACAACAGUGUUUUUUGCAACAUCACUGGUUUCAAACAAAUUAAUGCUUCGAGCACCAUUUCUUGACAAUUGAAUUUGGUGACACCACCAGAAGCCACAGUUCAUUCAGAUCGAUUGUAAUUUGCUUGCCUCUAUGCAAAAAAACAUUUCUCUCUCUCAUCAGUUCAUCAAAGAUGUUUUCCAUGUGUACACAUUUGUGUCAAAUGGACUAACACUGUUAGUUUCCCAAACGUCUGGUUUGUUUUUUAACAAAUUGUAGCAAAAUUGCAUUUUUUUACAUGAAACCAUGUUGUAAACGGAGCUCACGUGAACAACUUGUCCGCGGGAUCCUGUUGACCGUCGCUAAUUGUGAAGACGUUAGCAUUGUGCGGCGGAUUUUGCCGGCGGCGAUGCAACAUUUUUUCCGCGUGUACCUUGAGAAGGAAUGGCCUCUCCCCGGCGGUGGUGUUUGUUGUGUGAUUAAUGCAGACAGGACUGGCUCAGUGCAAAGGAAAGUGCGACAGCCUGAAUUUGAGCAGGGCUUUCGUUUUUUUGUACAGUAAUUUAUACACGCGCAUGCGCAGAACCUUUGAAGCUGUGUUUGGAUGACAGUGCACUUUGCGACACGAGUGACUGGGAAUGCUACGCCCUUCGGGCGAAGUUUUCGUUGCAGUGUGCAGAGCGACUCAAUAAAAUAUUUUCGGUGGUUCGAA